AUGUGGACACUGCUGUUCCACCCUGAUGGACGCGCUUUCACGGACGUGGCUCUUUGCAAUGAAACAGAAAACAACUAUGGCUUUGGCCACAUUGAAGUGAACAAGCGGAGGUUAUUCGGGUUUUCUUUUCGUGUACUGAAUUUGCUGGCUCAAGCUAUGAACUUCAGGAUUAUACCGCCGAGAGAAGAUGACUGGGGCAAGGACGUUAAUGGUUCUUGGACAGGCGUGUUUGGGAUGCUGCAGAGAAGGGAGGCUGACUUAGCAUCGGACAUCCUAACUAUCCACAGUGACCGUGCUUCAGUUGCUGAUUACAUCCUGCCUCCGAUCGGGGAAACCAAACAAGUGAUCAUAUACAAGAAAGAGGAGGAGGACUCGGACCAUCUCCUGAUCCUUCUCCGGCCGUUCCAACUUCACGUUUUUGUUUCAUUUGGUGUGUCUCUGAUCACAUGCAUAAUCUUCUUGUCCGCUAUAAGAAUAACCCACUAUAAGUACGAAUUCAAUAACAAUGAGGGUCUAACUGGUGCAUGGACAAUGGAGACUGCUGCAGCUACAGCAUCUGAAAUUCUGGGAGGCACUCUGAAGCAGGGAUCAACCGUUACAUCAUCACAUGAUUCGGAGCGGAUCCUGGUCGCUGGAUGGUGGAUGUUCACAGCCAUUAUCUCAGCUGUCUACUGUGGGACUAUCAUGGCCAUAUUUGUUGUGAUAAAACACAAUCCACCAUUUUCCAACAUGGCCGAGUUGGUAGCAAGACAAGACUACAAAAUAGGAUAUGAUAUAUCAAGCAUCACAGAAAACUUUCUUCAGAAUUCCAGACUGCCAGAUGCCAUGGCAGUUAAACAAAGAGUUCAGGAAUUAUCUGCCACAGACCCUGAUGUAUUCAGCAGUAAUGACACCAAGCACCUGCAAAGAGUCUGGAAUGGAAAAUACGCUUACAUAUCUGGCAUGCUACUUACAGCAUUAAGCAAUGCCAACUGCAAACUAAAUGUGAUUGAUACCGAAUUUGGAAACGCUUUCAUUGCAUUCUAUCUUCCGAAGUCUUCCCCUUACAAAAGAGACUUCGAAAAAAGCAUGUCCUAUCUCAGCGACAGUGGCGUCUUGCAGCGCUCCUAUCAAGAAUGGUUCCCACCCACCUCACAUGAUGGGUGUCCAGUGGAGGACUUCCCUAAACCCAUGUCACUGAUCAAGAUCCACAGUAUCUUCUUUGCUGGUGGAGGCGGAGUGGUGUGCAGCUUCGUGAUCCUGGCGGCAGAGAUUCUUUGUAACAGAAAUGAGGAAAAUCUAUCGGGCUUUCACCAGACUCAAGUGUGUCACGUCUCACGGGUAUUAAUUGUUGGGGCGUCAGAUGACUUACCUGUACUUCUGGACAGUAACAUCCAGGUGGAGAACGUGGCAGUGCUGGAACUGCCUUCAAGUCAGACCAACAACUUUGGCUAUGGCUACCUUGAAGUGGGCAAGCGGAAGGUGUUUGGGUUUCCUUACCGUGUACUGAGCCUGCUGGCUGAAGCGAUGAACUUCAGGCGGCGGACUACUCCGUGGCAAAGGCCAGUUGACUUCUCAUGUGACUUCAAACUUCAAGAGUGUUCCCCCGAAUAUCCCAUCAGGAAGCGUGUGUCCCACUGCCGACUGGACAAUACAGGCCACAACUUCUACAACAUUUGA